CAGAACAGCCUCCGCGGCUCCGGGGAGAAGGUGAGGUCUUGUAUGGAUGGGAAGGGUGAGGUGCAUGGGUCAGAGGCUUAUUUAUUGACGGGACUGUUUCCUUUGGCCCACGCGACUUAGUCUUCUCUUGUCCUUGACUGGGAGCCGCCUCCCGCCCCGCCGCCUCGGAAGCCCCUGAGAGCCAGCAAGUGGGGGCUUUUAGCCACGGUCUCUGGUCUGAUGGAGCAGAAAGGAAGAUGAGGAUCAGGGGGCCCUCGGGAGCGCUGGCCCGAAUCAAUAUGUUGAGGAUACCUGUAAGAAAGGCCUUAGUAGGCCUUUCUAAAUCUCCUAAAGGAUGUGUUCGAACAACUGCCACAGCAGCAAGCAACUUGAUUGAAGUAUUUGUUGAUGGUCAGUCUGUCAUGGUGGAACCGGGAACGACCGUCCUCCAAGCUUGUGAGAAGGUUGGCAUGCAGAUCCCUCGAUUCUGUUAUCAUGAAAGGUUGUCUGUUGCUGGAAACUGCAGGAUGUGCCUUGUUGAAAUUGAGAAAGCCCCCAAGGUUGUAGCUGCUUGUGCCAUGCCAGUAAUGAAGGGCUGGAAUAUCCUAACAAACUCAGAAAAAUCCAGGAAAGCCAGGGAAGGUGUGAUGGAGUUCUUAUUAGCAAAUCACCCACUGGACUGUCCUAUUUGUGACCAGGGAGGUGAAUGUGAUCUGCAGGACCAGUCCAUGAUGUUUGGAAAUGAUAGGAGCCGAUUUUUAGAGGGGAAGCGUGCUGUGGAAGACAAGAACAUUGGGCCAUUGGUAAAGACCAUCAUGACAAGAUGUAUACAGUGUACUCGCUGCAUCAGGUUUGCAAGUGAGAUUGCAGGAGUAGAUGAUUUGGGAACAACAGGCAGAGGAAAUGAUAUGCAAGUUGGCACAUACAUUGAAAAGAUGUUCAUGUCUGAACUGUCUGGGAAUAUCAUUGAUAUCUGCCCUGUAGGUGCCCUAACCUCUAAGCCCUAUGCCUUUACUGCCCGGCCUUGGGAAACAAGAAAGACAGAAUCCAUUGAUGUAAUGGAUGCAGUUGGAAGUAAUAUUGUGGUUAGCACAAGAACUGGAGAAGUGAUGAGGAUUUUGCCACGUAUGCAUGAGGACAUCAAUGAAGAGUGGAUCUCUGAUAAAACCAGAUUUGCCUAUGAUGGGCUAAAACGUCAAAGACUUACCGAGCCGAUGAUCAGAAAUGAAAAAGGGCUUUUAACCUAUACUUCUUGGGAGGAUGCACUCUCUCGUGUAGCUGGAAUGUUGCAGAGUUUUCAAGGCAAAGAUGUGGCAGCAAUUGCAGGUGGCUUGGUGGAUGCUGAAGCCCUAGUAGCUCUCAAAGAUUUACUUAAUAGAGUGGACUCUGACACCUUAUGCACUGAAGAGGUCUUCCCCACUGCAGGAGCUGGGUGAGAAAUACGAAUUUUUGUCCUUCAGAGUUACUAUGGUUUAAAACAAAGGCUUAAAAUUGUCCUAAAGGAGGCUAAAAAACCAAUGGUGGUUUUAGGCAGUUCUGCACUCCAAAGAAAUGAUGGAGCAGCAAUUCUUGCAGCUGUCUCUAGCAUUGCACAAAAGAUUCGGAUGACUAGUGGUGUUACUGGCGAUUGGAAAGUUAUGAAUAUCCUUCAUAGGAUUGCAAGUCAAGUAGCUGCUUUGGACCUUGGCUAUAAACCUGGGGUGGAAGCAAUUCGGAAGAACCCUCCCAAGGUGCUGUUUCUCCUGGGAGCAGAUGGAGGCUGUAUCACACGACAGGAUUUGCCAAAGGAUUGUUUCAUUAUUUAUCAAGGACAUCAUGGUGAUGUUGGGGCUCCCAUAGCUGAUGUUAUUCUCCCAGGAGCUGCUUACACAGAGAAGUCUGCUACAUAUGUCAACACUGAGGGUAGAGCUCAGCAGACUAAGGUAGCAGUGACACCUCCUGGCUUGGCAAGAGAAGACUGGAAAAUUAUAAGAGCACUCUCUGAGAUUGCUGGAAUAACUCUUCCAUAUGAUACUCUGGAUCAAGUAAGGAACAGAUUGGAAGAAGUCUCUCCUAAUCUUGUUCGAUAUGAUGAUAUUGAAGGGGCUAAUUACUUCCAGCAAGCAAAUGAGCUCUCAAAGCUAGUGAACCAGCAGCUUCUUGCUGACCCACUUGUUCCACCUCAGCUAACUAUAAAAGACUUCUACAUGACAGAUUCAAUUAGCAGAGCCUCACAGACAAUGGCCAAAUGUGUCAAAGCUGUCACAGAGGGUGCCCAGGCAGUAGAGGAACCAUCCAUAUGCUGAAGUAUCUACUAGGAUCCCAGUUUUGCCGCAGAUAAUUGAUGAACAACUAUAGUGCAGUGAUCCUUUACAGGUUUAUUUCUUUGUAAAAAAAAAAAAAAAUCUGAAUCAUGUAAUAUUUAAGGUUAUACUAUGCCUAUUUGAAAAUGAUAUUAGUUAUCAACUUUGCAGUUUGAAAAACAUGUAUUGUGUGUAAAGGUUAAAUAAUAAAACUUUAUGCAGAUGCUCUUAAAAGCAUUGAUAACCUUUGUGAUGCAUAUAAAGAAAUCCUUAAAGUAUGAGUUGUUGACUUAUCUUCGUAAAUAAUUUAUGUCUAUAAAAUGGAUGAAAUGAAAAGAGUUCCAGUUAAAACCCACUUUUUUCUAGUGCUAAAGAAAAGUUUUAAGCACUUUGUCAAGCUGGGUAAAUAGGAAAAAUAUAUAAUCAUGCUCAGACAUGUAUCUGGGAUAAUUUAAUAAUAAUCAUAGUAACAAUGGCUAAUGAUAAUUUAGCUUUAUGAUGUUUGCUGAGCACUGUGGUUUUACAUGUAUUAUCUUCUUUUGUUCUUGCUACAACCCUGUGAGAUAGUAAUACUAUCUCAUUUUGCUGAUGAAGACUGAAGCCUGGGUAUAUUAAAUAGCUUGCCCAAGGCCAUGCAGCAAAAGUCACUGACUGAAACCUACUUCUUAUUUACUCCAAAGUCUGUUGUUCUUAACUGCAGCGUAUUAUUUCCUCUCAUUAAUAUUGAUUCUAUAGGUUUUUACUUCUAAAAAUUAGUAUUGAGUUUAAUGGUGAACACAUUUUUCUAUUUUCUCUUGAAUCUGCUUCUGUAAUGUUAUGGUGAUUUAUGUGGCUUUUUUUUUUUGUAUAAGUUAUACAUGUAUGCAUGUAUACUUAUGAGAUCUCCUUUGGAAUGAGGGAGGUCUCAAGAGACAUAAUUUAGAUUCUCAUUGAUGUUCUGUAUUCAUUAUCCUAACACCAUCUGUAGUGUUAAAUCAACUAAAUUAUUUCAGUAAUAGGAGACAAAACAACCAGCUUUCAUAAGUUUUAAUUGUCAAAACGAAAAGGAAUCAGAAUAAGGAUCACUGAGAAUUU